AUGGAGGGCAGCAUCUUCCCCGCAGCGCUCAUGCAGUUCCUUUACCAGCAGCAAGGGCUCUUUGCUGAGGAGCCUGCCGAGGCCUGGCUGGAGGCGGUGAGCGCCGGCCAAGAGGCGCCUGGAGGUGCGGAGAGCACCUCCGGCCUGCAGUUCCUUCGCAGGCGGCGUGAUGAGCUGGAGUGCAAGCUGCAGGCAGGCGCGCUGCGCCGCGAGAAUGAGGCGCUGGAGAGCCGGGUGGUCCAGGCGCAACAGGACUUCUUUGCGCUGCAGGGGGAGUUCACCGUGGCGAAGGACCGCUACAACGAGCGCAUGGACGCCCUACGCCUGGCUCUGGAGGAGCAACAGGUGGCGGCGGAGCAAGCCGACCGGCGGGUGGUCUGCGCGGAGGACCUAGUACGCUUCCACCAGGAGCAGAAGAGGAUGAUGUCGAACUACUGGAAGCAGCAGUGCCAGCACAAGGAUGACCACAUCCGCACCCUGAACCGGCAGUUGAUCGAGUACACGAUUGACUGGCAGCACUUGGGCAUCCAGAGACAGACGGAGGCCAGCCUCUCGCACGAGCACUAUUGCUUGGAGGACCGGCACCGGAAGCUCCAGGACCUCCAAGAGCGACUGGAGGAGGAGACCACCAGGCUGCGUGGGCGGCUGGCCAAAGCGACCAGCCAGGAGGAGGGCCUACGGGAGAAGCUGCAGCGCUCGGAGGCAGAGUUGAGUGCGGGGCGGCUGGAGGAGAUCAAGGAAGAGGCGCGCGGGCCAUGCCUGCGGCGCCAGCUGGAAUGCCUCGACGCGAGGCAUCAGGAGUUGGAGGACGUCUGCGAUGCCCAACUUUCGCUCCUGCGGCACCUGUCCCGCAAGGAAGGUGCCGCGUUUUUAGUCUCACCAAAGGAAGGGCGCUCCGAGAGAGCGCCGGGGCUUCAGCUGCGCGUCGGUUGCUUCAAUGAUGCCAUGGAGGAGCGUCAGCUCUACGCGGCUGCCAAGGCUGGGCAUUCGGCUGGACGGAUUUGCAACGUGCAGGGCGCCCAAUGGCGCCGGGCGUUGCAUUUGCUGCGCCGCGCAGGCUCCGAGCCGGACGUGGCCCGCUGCGGCGCGGUGUGCGCCGCCUGCGCGCGGCAAAGCCGCUGGCAGAACUCCGAGGCCUUGCUGAGCGUCUCCGCCAACCUCGUGGUCUCCAACUCGGCGGUGACGGCGCUGCAGCGGGCGGCGCUGUGGCGCUUGGCGCUGCGGCGCCUGGCGGCGGCGGAGCAGCGGAACUUCGGGGCGGACGUGGUGGGGCUCAGCGCGGCGCUGCGGGCGUGCCGCUGGCGCUGGGCGCUGCACCUGGCGCACCAUCUGCGGCGAGCGCGGCUGCACAACGCCUUCAGUCACAACAGCGCGCUCAUCGCCUGCGGCGAAGCCGCCGACACCGACGCCAGCGGCGAGAGGGGCCCUUGGCAGCUCUCCUCGCAGCUGCUGCUGGAGAUGAGCCACGGCUCGGUGGCGCCGGAUGUGGUGAGCUACACCUCGGAGGUGACCUGCAGCGGGAGCCGCUGGCCGCGGGUCUUGGACGCGCUGCAGCGGAUGCAGGUGGGCCAGGUCGCGCCCAACGCGGCGACCUUGAACAGCGCCAUCGAGGCCUGCGAGAGGAGCUGCCGCUGGGACCUGGCCCUGGCGCUGCUCAGCCGCUUCCGCACGCUGAAAAGCCCCGUGACGUACAGUGCUGCCAUGAUGGCCUGCCUACAAGGAAGCCGCUGGCACCUCGCCUUGGAGCUGCUGGCAGAGAUGGGCGCGUCUCUGCGUGCGGACUUGGUGGCCUUCGGCUCCGCGCUGGCGGCUCUGGAGCUGGGCCGAGCCUGGCGGCUUAGCUUGGGCCUGCUGCAGCGGAUGGCUGCGCAGCAGGUGCAGGCGUCCACGGUGUGCUACGGAUCCGCGCUGGGCGCCUGCGGCUGGCGCUGGGCCGUGUGGCUCCUAGGAGAGAUGGCCGACUGCAGGCUCCAGCCAGACUUGGUGGCACACACCUCGGCAGGCCUUGCGCUCGCCCACGGCGCCCAGUGGCGCGCCGCGCUCGACGUGGCCGCGGAGAACUGCGUGGGGCGCUCCGCGCUGGCACUGGCCUGCGAGGACAGCGGACAGCACCGGCAGGUGCCGCAGCUUCUGUCGCCCCUGGAGCCCCUGGCGGUGGAGAUGCUGCAAACCGCGCGGCGAGUUGCCAUGCCGGGAACUCAACUCGGCAGGGCCUGCGCUGACGUCCGCCCAGCGGCGGAGAGAAAAGCUGAGCUGGGAGGAAUUGGCGGCCUCACGGGAGGCGCCGAGGCGGUGUUGGGAUGGUGCAUCUGGCGAGACGAGCUGGAUGUGAGAGAAGGCCAGCUCGAGAAGAUCACGGCGCAGCUGAGCCGCACCGACCAGGCGCUGCGCUCGGCGCAGGUGGCCCUGGCGGAGGAGCGUGCCAAGCACGAGGAGAUGAAGCUCCAGCACGGCGAGGCCGAGGCCCUCCUGCGGGAGGGCGAGCGCGCCCGCGUGCAGCGGCAGCGGCGGUGCCAGGAGCUGCGCCGUGCCGAGGUGGCCAUGCAGCGGCUCCUUGAGGUGGUGGAAGCACCGAGCGGCGCCCAAGGCGCGGCAGCAUCCAGCCAGCGCGGCUGA